AUGGCAAUGAACUUCGUCACGUUCAACCAGGACUACAGCUAUCUGGCUGUAGCCACCUCGAAAGGGUUUCGCAUCUUCACAACUGACCCUUUCGCCAAAAGCUACGAGACGAAAGAAGGCAAUAUUGCGAUCAUAGAGAUGCUCUUCUCGACAUCCCUCGUCGCCCUGAUCUUGUCUCCUCGUCGCCUUCAAAUCACUAAUACUAAGCGCCAGUCCACGAUAUGCGAGUUGACGUUCCCUACGACCGUACUCGCGGUCAAGUUGAACCGGAAACGACUUGUUAUUGUGCUAGAGGACCAGAUCUAUCUUUAUGACAUCCAAACAAUGAAGCUCCUGUAUACCAUUGAAACGUCACCGAAUCCGAAUGCCAUUUGCGCACUAUCGCCUUCGUCGGACAAUUGCUACCUUGCGUACCCUCUUCCACAGAAGGCACCGCCCUCGUCUUUCAAUCCUCCCUCUCACGCACCUCCUGGAUCGACUCACGUCAGUCCGACUACUGGGGAAGUGCUGAUCUUCGAUGCUUUGAAACUGGAAGCGAUCAAUGUCAUCGAGGCGCAUCGGUCUCCGCUGGCGUGUAUCACGCUGAACAGUGACGGGACACUGAUAGCGACCGCCUCCGACAAAGGAACUAUCAUCCGGGUCUUUUCUGUUCCCGAUGGCCAUAAGCUCUAUCAGUUCCGACGAGGUUCAAUACCAUCGAGGAUAUAUAGCAUGUCGUUUAACACGACUUCCACUCUUCUUUGCGUCUCGUCCUCCACGGAAACCAUCCACCUUUUCAAACUCAGUCACCAAACCUCAUCUCGAGAAGGCUCUCCCUCCUCAGCCCUCUCUCGCGAGAGAGCUGCGAGUCAGAGUUCGCUCGGUACCUCGCCCGACCCAGACGACCCGACUGAUGACAUGGAGUCUUCUGAAAUUGCAUCUCGGAAGCAUAACGGCACUCUCAUGGGGAUGAUCCGGCGGACGUCGCAGAAUGUUGGCAGCUCGUUUGCUGCCAAGGUUGGGGGCUACCUCCCGAAGGGCGUAAGUGAAAUGUGGGAACCUGCGCGGGAUUUUGCAUGGAUCAAGCUCCCGAAAACGAACCAGACAGCAGGGGCGAAUGGCAAUGCUGGGUCGUUGAGGAGCGUGGUUGCAAUGAGCAACAACACGCCACAGGUCAUGGUGGUGACGAGCGAUGGGAACUUCUAUGUUUUCAACAUAGACCUUUCGAAGGGAGGAGAAGGGACCUUGACGAAACAAUACUCGUGA